AUGCAAGAGACAGGUCGGAAAGAUGUCGAAAGGGCAUUUGGAGUGCUCCAAGCACGUUUUAAUAUUGUUAGAGUUCCAGCGAGAGGUUGGAGUGAUGAGGAUCUGUAUUGCAUCAUGAAAACAUGCAUUAUUUUGCGUAAUAUGAUCAUUGAAGAUGAGCGUAAUAUUCCAGAAAAUGAAUGCAGUGCAACACUACUACAAAUUGAUACCACUAAUACUCCAUGUCAAGUGUCACGCGAUCCAAAUCAGGAGUAUGUUGAAUUUAUGUUAAAUCGUCAGAUGAUUAGAUCUAUUGAAGCCUAUAAUAUAAUUCGCAAUGAUCUAAUUGAACACUUGUGGUCCCGAUCUGGAGAGUUAGAUUAG